AUGGAAAAGAAGAAUUAUAUAGAUAUUAUCGCAAAAUGUGAUGAAAAUCUUGAAAAACAACAUUCCAUACAAAGUGAACAAAAACAAUUAACAAGAGGGAAUGAAACGGUCACAAUAACAAAAACAACAAAUUCACAAGAGAAUGUCUCAAAUGCCAAAAACAACAACGAAAACAGUAAACAUGAUGUAGGUGAAGGCAAUGGCCAAACUAAACCAACAAGUGUUUCUAUCUCUUCGUCUGUAAACAAUUCGCCCUCUGUCCAUUACUCUGAUUUGACAGAAAAAAAUGAUACACUUGUAGAGGUAAAUAAUGGAAAUUUACAUGAAGAUUGUGAAUUAAAAUUACAACAACAAAUGUUACAAUACGAACAACAAAUGGAACAGUUAAAAGCAGCUUUACAGCAAAAAGACAACAUGAUUACACUGUUCCAAAGAGAAAAUGCCAUUUUGGAGAAAGAAAAAGAGGCGUUUCGCAAAGAAAAAGAUCUUGCCAAUAAAGAAAAAGAGUCCACAGUCAUUAAGUUUGCCAUGAAAGAAAAGUCCGUAAUAGAUGCCAAAAAAGAAAAGGAAAUGGUGGAAAAGCAACUGGCCGAGGCUAGAAAAGAAAUCAAAAACUACACCACCAAGUUUCAGGCAUUAAAUGAAGAAAAGUCUCGUGUUACUUAUCUAAUGGAUGAAAAGUGCAAUGAAGUACGUAAAUACCAAAGAGAAUGUGAAAAACUUAAAACCGAUUAUGGGCAUUUGGAAUCAAAACUAAAGUAUCAUAUGAACAAAUUAAAUAUAGAGACCGAAGCUAAAUUGGCUUUGGAAAAGAAAUUGGAAGAAGAAAAAAAUGCUCCUAAUAAAUUGGAAGAGAAAGCUAAUGAAAAAUUAAAAAUUGAAUUUGAGGCACAAACCAUUUUAUUAAAACAUGAAAUUUCCAAUAAAACCGAACAAUUAGAUAAAUUGUUUAAAGAGUGUGAAGUACAAAAAGAAAACAUUAAACAACUGCAAGAACAAUUAAACAAGGAAACUCAAGAGAAAAAUCAAUUGUUCAGCAGCUUUAGUAGUCUUCAGGAAGAACAUAAUCAUAUACAAAAUUCCUACAGUGAAGAAAUGUUAAAUUCUGCCAAAUUACGUGGUCAAUUGGAGGAGUUGCAGGUGUUGAAAACCCAAAAUACCUUAAACGAAGAUAAAAUCUUUUGUUUAACUAAAGAAUUAAAUGAGUGUGUACAAAAACUCCAAGACAGUGAGCAGGAUCUUCAACAUUUGCAUGCUAAGGAAAAGGAAUUUCUUAGUUUUAACAAGGAAAUGAGUGAAAGUAUUGUGGAUUUACAAAAUCGAAUAUGUUUGUUAAAAUCUAAGGCUCAAGGCACUGCUGCCGAAAAUGACUUAUUGAAAAAGGAACGAUUAGAUUAUGAUGAAAAGUAUGCCGCUUUGGAAAAUCAACUUAAACAAGAACAAAAUCAAAAGAACGAAGAACGUUUACUAUUGGCCAAACAUCUAUCGGAAAAAACUAAACUUUAUGAAAAUACAAAAAUUAAGCUCGAAAAUGUUUUGGGUGACUUUGAAGCCACAAAACAUAAACAUGCCACUAUAGUUAAAGAGCUACAAAGAGAAAUUGCUAAAUAUAAAAGAGCAGCCGAACAAAAUGCCGAUAAUCAUCGUACUUUUAUCUGCUCCAGAUGUCAAAAUUCCACACAAACUAAUGGUCAUUAUCAUCAAAAGGAAAAUGAGGAUAAGCUAAUGGCCAUAGAAGCAAUAGAUGCGAAAAGAACUCACAGUCGUCAAAGCAGUAUUAGUACAACGGGAGGACAAAGUGCGACGGGUAGUAGACGAGGUAGUGAAUCUUCCGAAUCGGAUACGGUGACGGGUCGCGAAAUGGAUUUUAAAGAUGAUAAUAAGGGACCCUCCAAGAAACAUUUAGUCGAACGUAUUUUACGUUUACAACAAGCUUCCGCAAGACAAACUGAAAAAAUAGAUUUUCUCGAACAGCAUACUCUGUCGCUAGUCGCUGAAUUGCAAAAGAAAUCCAAAGUAGUACAAUAUUAUAUGUUGCGUGACCAGGCCGGAGCCUUGACAUCCUCGAAAAGUGAUCAGAACAAAAGUGAAUUGGCCAAAUAUGGUCAUGGUGUUAUGUCUGCCAUUUAUGGUGGCAUUAAGGGUGUAGAAAAUAAAAGCAUGUCGUUGGAAUUAUCUUUAGAGAUUAAUAAAAAACUGCAAGCGGUUUUAGAAGAUACACUGCUCAAGAAUAUAACCCUAAAGGAAAACUUGGAUGUUUUGGGUUUGGAAGUGGAUAAUUUAACCAGGAAACUACGUCAACUGGAAACAAGACAAUGAGCUUGGCAGUUAAAUGUAGUUUUUUUUUACUAAAUUCAUAAUGUAAAUGUUUUCUUUUUAAAAUUUAAAUGUAUAUUGGAGGUUAUAUAGAAAAAUAAUGGUCAAGAUGAGAUUGCCAGUUAGAAAGUAUUUAAUUAUUUAAAUAAAUUCUACAUUUUUUAAAUGUACAUAUAUUAUAGAGUAACUAUUAUUAAAUUUAAUAAAUUAUGAACUUU